GUUUGUGUGUCGGUGGGAUUUCUCACUUUUCCGUGUUUUGGAUAUUUUUUUCAGCUUUUUUAAAGGUUGUUUGUGUUUCCUGCACACACACACCUCCACUCUGACAUCACUUCCUGUUGUGACCCCCCCACACUGACCCCCCACCCUGAUUAAAGAUGGCGCUGUCUUCACGGUUAAAACUGUGGGAGCAGAAGAUAAAGGAGGAGAAGACCCCGGUGGCGGCGGCUGAACCGCCCCCCCCCCUGAGCGCCGUGCCGGGGGGGUUCCUCAAACAGCUGGUCCGAGAAACUGAGAAGGAGACGAAGCUCAAAGAGCCCGAGAGCAAAGAGGAGCGGCCGCCGAACAAGCUGAGUGAUAACCUGGUGCAGCAGUUCCUCCUCCCCGACGAGACCCCCCCCAUCCUGGAGGCCGAGAUGAUGCUUCUGAACAGCAAACAGAACGAGAACCAGACUCAGAACCAGACUCAGAACCAGACUCAGAACCUGACUCAGAACCAGACUCAGAACCAGACUCAGAACCAGACUCAGACCCAGAGGCAGUUAUUAUCUCCUGACCCUGGACACAGCAAGCAGGAAGUCAGACAGGAAGCAGCAGCAGCAGAGACGACGAAACAGCAAGUGGAGAUGAAGCCAGAGAAGAAGAAGAUACCGGAGAUGAAGAAGAAGAGGGUGGAGGAGGUGAAAAAGGAGGAGAAAAAGGGGGAGAAAGAGGAGAAAAAGGGGGAGAAAGAGCAGCGUCAGGAGCCAGAAGGGAGGCCGGAUGACUCAUCUGUUACCGAGCAGAACAGGAAGGAGGUGAGAGAUGUUUGGUAUGAAGCAGGAACCGUGUGGUACGUCCACAAAGACGGGUACACACUGGCCACGCAGCUGAAGCCUGAUGAAGGGACUCCUGAACUCCCAGAAGGCCGAGCGAGAGUCAAACUGCAGACGGACGGAUCUCUGCACGACGUCACGGAGGACCAAAUCCAGAAGGUGAACCCUUCAGAGAUGGAUCUGUGUGAGGACCUCAGUGAUCUGCAGAGUGUGAACGAGUCCUCAGUUCUUCACACUCUGAGCUGCAGAGCCAGAAACAACCAGCCGCUCACACACUCCGGACCUAACAUCAUCAACCUGUGGCCCCCCAUACACAGCAAGACCCCGAAGUCUCGUCGGGGGGAGUGUGUGUGGGACGCCCCCCCUGCGCUCUCCUCUCUGGUGAAGAGUGUGUACGUGUCGAUGGUGGGGACGCGCAGAGACCACAGUGUGUGUGUGUUGGGUCGCAGCGGGACGGGGAAGACCUCGACCAGUCAGAGCUUCACCCUCGCUCUGCUGAGGCAGGCCGGGACCACCGGGGGCAAAGUCACACUGGAGCGAGUGCAGGCCAUGUUCACGGUCCUCCGGUCGUUCGGAUGUGUUUCUUCUCCUCACAGCGACGCCUCCACUCGAUUCGCCUCCGUUUUCUCUCUCGACUUCAACCACGCAGGACAGGCAGCGGCCGGACACCUACAGACGAUGAUGCUGGACAAAUGGAAAGUGUGUCAGAAGACGGAGGGCGAGAGCAACUUCCUCGUCUUCUCUCAGCUGCUGGCAGGAAUCAGCACAGAGAUGAAGACGGAGCUGCAGCUGCACCAGCUUCCUGAGACAAACUCUUUUGGGAUCGUUCAUCCAACCAAGGUGGAGGAGAGACAGCGAGCCUCCGUCUCUUUCUCUAAGCUUCAGACAGCGAUGGACACUCUGAGUUUCUCCGCCUCAGAGCAGAAGGCCAUAUGGCACGUUCUGGCUGGGAUAUACCAUCUGGGAGCAGCGGGGGCCUGUAAAGUGGGCAGGAGGCAGUUUGUGAACUUCAGCAGCUCCCAGGCGGCCAGCAGCGUGCUGGGCUGCGAGGGAGAGGAUCUGCAGACGGCCGUGUUCAAACACCACCUCCGGCAGCUGCUGCAGAAAGCCACCAGGGGGGGUGAGAGGAGCGAGGCCGACGAGGGUCCCAGACUGACAGCUACUCAGUGUGUGAAUGGGAUGGCUGCAGGACUUUAUGAAGAACUGUUCACCUGCAUCGUCUCUCUGAUCAACAGGGCGCUCAGUAACCAGCAGCUGACCCUAGCCUCAGUGAUGCUGGUGGACGCUCCAGGCUUCAGGAACCCUCGUCACUCUGCGCAGGAUCGAGCCGCCGGCUGGUCGGAGCUCUGCAGCAACUACCUGCAGGAGAGACUGCACGAGAACUACCAUACACACACCUUCACACACACUCUGGAUAGGUACUCACAGGAGAAAGUCCCGGUGCAGCUGGAGGGUCCGGAGAACAGUCCGGCUGAAGUGGUGUCUGCCCUGGACCAGCAGCCUCCACAGGUGCGGGCGUCAGACGGAGACCCCCGAGGAUUGUUCUGGGUUCUGGACGAGGAGAUGGUGACUCCGUCCUGCAGCGAGAGCAACGUCCUGGAGAGGGUCUGCCAGUACUACAGCAGCACUGUGCGUCAGUGUGAGCAGCCCCUCCAGUGUGAGCUGAGUCACCUGAUGGGUUCUGACCCGGUCCGAUACGACCUCACCGGCUGGAUCGGACUCAUCCAGAACAAUCCGUCCUCUCAGAAUGCACUCGGUGUGCUGCAGAACUCCACCCUAGGGGCAGUGAAGGCCCUGUUCACCCCCCGGGUCUCGGUGCCCCCUCUCUGUCGGGGCAUGGCGGGUCUCGAGGGCUCGAGUCAGCGCUCGCUGCAGAGGAACGGAACCAUCCGGAAAACGUUCAGCGGAGGGAUGGCCGCCAUCAGACGCCACUCCCAGAGCAUCGCCGUCAAACUGCAGGCCGACGCUCUGGUGAACCUGAUCCGUAGAGCGCGCCCCGUCUUCCUUCAGUGCGUCGGUGCUAAAGUAGAAGCUGGAGCUUUUGAUGUUCCUUCUCUCCGAGUCCAGCUGAACUCCACCCAGAUCCUGUCCGCGCUGCAGCUGCACCGCACAGGCUACCCGGAGCACAUGACUCUGAGCGACUUCAGGUGUCACUUCCAGGCUCUGUCGCCUCCGAUAAUGAAACGCUACGCCUCCAUGUUCGUGAACCACGACGAGAGGAAGGCGGUGGAGGAGCUGCUCUGUGAGCUGGAUCUGGACAAGAAGAGCAUCGUGAUGGGCUCCAGCAGGGUGUUUAUGAAGCGUGGUGUGCUGCGGUACCUGGAGCUCCAGAGGGACCAGCAGGUGAGCGGCUGGCUGCUCCACCUGCAGGCCGCCUGCAUGGCUCACCUGGCCCGACAGAAGUACCGCAAACUCAAGGUGCAGCAGAUGGCGAUCAGCUGUCUGCAGAGGAACCUCAGAGCGCUGUGGUUCGUCUCUGAGUGGAGCUGGUGGAAACUCUUCUGCAAGAUCCGUCCUCAGCUCGACGUCAACAUGGACAACGAGAGGCUGAGGGCUAAAGAG